AUGGCCAUCAACCCGUCGCCUAUACUGCGCGACUUCGCAGACCUACCUGAAAUUACACCAGCUCCCGUACCAAUAAUCCAAAUCGAAGGGCUACAGGCUCGAGAUUGGGCUCAACCAUCGAACUGUGUUGACGAAUUUUCAGCCGAACCAACAGGAUGCUCGUCUCUAAAAUCUAUGGUGGCCGAUUGCAAGAGUCGGGGUGGUUUGAACGGCGAUGAUAUUCCAGCACAGAGUAUGCUUGUCAAUCAAACCUCGUUUACAGGUUGUUUCUGCCAACAAGACCUUCUGUCUCAUAUCGUUGAAUGUCAGAACGAACACCGGUUAUGCAUUCAAGACUAUCUCUUCGAUCCCGAAUUCAAUCGAUACCGCGAUCAAUGGGCCAGCUUCUGCAGUUCAGCGAUCCCAUCUCUAUCCGUAACAACGCCGUCCACCAUAAAAGUCACCUUCAAAGCCAACACCAACACAUGCGCCUACCUUUCCACAGCUUGCGUCCGAUAUUCAAGAUACGUCAGCGAUUGUAACUCGCAGUACGAAGUAUCCACCUCUCGGGAGCUCUGCUACUGCCAGUCUCAUGUGCAAGUGGUCGAGUCCCUCUGCUCCAUCAAUGGAGGGGCCAUAUGCUCCACCAAGCCGGUGGACCUGAGACGUCUCUGGGGAUACGACCAUUGCGAAACCUUCCUCGGCGAUGUUGGGACCUCGACGAAUGGAACAUGGCGACGAAAAGCAGGCUUCACCGCAACAGGGACCAGUCUGGCACCACUGAUCGACUACCCACUCACGUAUAACUCGAUUGCAAUUGAAACACACACGACGGCGCCGGGUGGAGGGGGACCGAGCAAAAGUCAGCUAUCGAGACGCCUACUUUGCACUAUCCUGGUCAUCACAACGGCGUUCAGUCUUGUCGGCUUCUGA